UCCCUUCAUUUUUCCUCCUCCUCUCUCUUCUCUGCAAAGCAAAACCCCAAAUCUCAGAUCUAAAACCAAAAAAAUGGCGCUCGUAGUAGAGAAGACAACCUCCGGCCGUGAGUACAAGGUCAAGGACAUGUCCCAGGCGGACUUCGGCCGACUCGAGCUCGAACUCGCCGAGGUCGAGAUGCCGGGACUCAUGUCCUGCCGCACCGAGUUCGGCCCGUCUCAGCCGUUCAAGGGCGCCAGGAUCACCGGCAGCCUCCACAUGACGAUCCAGACCGCCGUCCUCAUCGAAACCCUAACCGCACUCGGCGCCGAGGUGAGGUGGUGCUCCUGCAACAUCUUCUCCACCCAGGACCACGCCGCCGCCGCCAUCGCCCGCGACAGCGCCGCCGUGUUCGCCUGGAAGGGGGAGACGCUCCAGGAGUACUGGUGGUGCACGGAGCGCGCCCUCGACUGGGGCCCCGGCGGCGGCCCCGAUCUGAUCGUGGACGACGGCGGCGACGCCACCCUGCUGAUCCACGAGGGCGUGAAGGCCGAGGAGGAGUUCGAGAAGUCCGGGAAGGUGCCCGACCCGAGCUCCACCGACAACGCCGAGUUCCAGAUUGUGCUGACAAUUAUCAGAGAUGGUUUGAAGGAGGACCCUAAGAAGUAUCACAAGAUGAAGGAGAGAUUGGUCGGAGUUUCGGAGGAAACCACCACCGGAGUUAAGAGGUUGUACCAGAUGCAGCUCAACGGCACUCUGCUCUUCCCGGCUAUCAAUGUCAACGACUCUGUCACCAAGAGCAAGUUUGACAACUUGUACGGGUGCCGCCACUCACUCCCCGACGGUCUCAUGAGAGCCACCGAUGUCAUGAUUGCCGGAAAGGUCGGCGUAGUCUGCGGCUACGGAGACGUCGGAAAGGGUUGUGCAAUCUCCCUCAAACAAGCCGGGGCCCGCGUGAUUGUGACCGAGAUCGACCCCAUCUGCGCACUGCAAGCCCUCAUGGAAGGCUUCCAAGUCCUCACCCUAGAGGAUGUUGUCUCCGAAGCCGACAUCUUCGUCACCACCACCGGAAACAAAGACAUCAUAAUGGUCGACCACAUGAGGAAGAUGAAGAACAACGCAAUCGUCUGCAACAUCGGCCAUUUCGACAACGAGAUCGACAUGCACGGUCUCGAGACUUACCCCGGAGUGAAAAGAAUCACGAUCAAGCCACAAACCGACCGAUGGGUUUUCCCAGAGACCAAAACGGGUAUUAUCAUUUUGGCAGAGGGGCGUUUGAUGAAUUUGGGUUGUGCAACGGGUCAUCCGAGUUUUGUGAUGUCGUGCUCGUUCACCAACCAGGUGAUCGCGCAGUUGGAGCUCUGGAACGAGAGGAAGAGUGGCAAGUAUGGGAAGGAGGUUUACGUGUUGCCCAAGCAUCUUGAUGAGAAAGUUGCAGCGCUUCAUCUUGGAAAGCUUGGUGCUAAGCUGACUAAGCUUACUAAGGAGCAGUCCGAUUAUAUUAGCAUUCCUGUUGAGGGUCCGUACAAGCCACCUCACUACAGGUACUGAGGGGUUGAUUUGUGAUUUUAGGGUUUGAGAUUGUUUCUUGAUUUUGUGUUGGUCUUUUUGUGAUGGCAGUUUGGUUUAUUUGUUGCACUCUUAUUGUUUUUGCAUUAGCAGUAACUUAAAUGUGAGGAUUAUUAUUAUGUUGUUUGUUUUGUAUUUGCUUUUGCGACUUUUCGUGGGAGCUACUUGUCAUUGGUUGAACUCAUUAUUUCCCUAAAUUAUAUGUAUUGUACCACUUUUGUCUUCUCCCCUA